AUGGAGUAUGAGGAAGCUGUAGUACCCGAUUCCCAAUCUGAUUCUUCCGAUUCCGACCAAUCAAUGCCUAAUCAGACCACGGAUUCCAAAGCCAUGCCCUUGCCCACUCUCAAACUCUCCUCUAAGAAAGAUUUGGAUCUGAUUAAAAAUGAAAGAUUGAAGAAGCAACUGGCCGAUUCCAAAGCCAUGCCACCCCCACCCCCUGUCAAGCUCCAUACUACUCAGUCAGAUUUAGAGAAGAAGAAGAAGAAGAAACUGGCUGAUUGCGAAGCAAUGCCUCCGCCCGGCCUCAAGCGGCCCAAACAGACUGUUUUGGAUUUGUCCCAGGAAGCCACCACCGCAAUUGGCUCUGUUUCGACCUUGGAGAAAAAGAAGAAGAAGAAGAAGAAAAAUAAGAAGAAGAAUCAAGAGGAUGCGGCUCUCGCAAUUGAUUCGAAACCCACUUUUAAGAAGAAGAAGAAAAAGAAAAAGAAGAAGAGCAAGCAUGAUUUAAUUUUGUCCAUGAUGGAGGAUGGCAAUGGAACUGUCUCGACAUCGAAGGAGAAGAAGAUGAAGCAAGUACUGCAAGUGGCUGAUAAAGCUGAGGCUGAAGCUGGAGUUGGAGUUGCAGAUUCUUGUGAUAGAGUAUGGAGUGAAUGUGAUGAGAUCUUUGUCUUACAGAACAUUAUUGAAUUCAUUGAAAAGAAUGGUUUAAAUCACAAUAAUAUUGGCGACACCAUCAGUGACUCGUACGAUGUUGUUGUUGCAAAAGCGGAAUCACUGGCACUCGAACCACGCCUAUCACGGAAGCAGUUGAUUGACAAAGUUUCUAAUCUUAAGAAUCGAUUUCUAGACAAUGAACUGAGAAAAGGUGGUGAUCGUAACGAUUCGUUAAGUUUCUCCAAUCCUCAUCACCAGAAAGUGUAUCAACUUUCAAGGAUGAUUUGGGGUACUGCUGAUACUGCUGUUAAUGAAGGCAAUACGAUCCCAGUACAGAGCUCGGAUCAUAACAAUGCUACGGUUAAGAAUAAUAAAGCUAAUAUUCAGUCCAUGCUUAAGGAUUAUGUGUCUCACCAUGGUUUAGAUCUGAGUUGGGUUGAAAAAUCCACCAAACAUGCUUUGGCUGAUAGGUGGUUGAAAUUUAAGGAAGAUGAGUGCAAAUAUUUGAGUAUGAAAGGAAAACUCGAAUCUGAGAUGCAAAGUGUGAAACUUAAUGUUUAUAGGAAACGUUUUGGUCGUCACUAUUGA